AGCUCUAAAUUUAAAAAAAAAAAAAAAAGAAGCAGCAACAAAAAAAUACCCAAAGCAAACAAACACCAACACAACAGGUCUGAAACAGAAGCUGGGGAUGAAGUAAGGAAUUACUGCACACGCUGGAGGUGGUCACACACAGGAAUCUAUGGCUGCUCCAUGGAUAGUACAGCUAUGAGCCUUCUCUAACAAACCAGAGCAGAAAACUUACCAUGGAUUUGAGAAACAUUCCCUACCGUUCAGAAGUGGUUGCGUGGAACCCAGAUGAUUUGGCAGAAUAUUUCAAGAUGUUGAAGUAUAAGGACUGUGAGAAAGUCGUGAGAAAACACAGCAUAAAUGGACAAAGGUUUUUGAACAUGUCUGAAAAUGAUAUUCAGAAAUUUCCCAAACUCAGAGUGCCAAUUGUAAGUAAAUUAAGUCAAGAAAUUAACAGAAAUGAAGGGAGGCUGUCUUUCUUUCCAAAGUGGGCCCAAACACAAAAAAUUCCUGAAAAUCCAGGAUACAGUCAAGACGACGGUGGCUGGUCUUCAUUUGAUGAGGAUGAUGACUACGAAAGCCCUGAUGAUGACCAGGAAAAGGAAGAUGAGGCUGACUAUGAAUCACCAACGGAAGAACCUGAGGAAGCAGAACACGACAGUGAUGGCUACGAGCCACCUCCAUCCAAUAAUGAUGAGGCACACCACAAUGUCAUAUUUCCUGCCAAGUCACUUGCAAACAAUACAGAUUAUAUAGACAGACCUCCAACAAACAGAUCAUCACACCAGCCUCCAGUACCACCCCAGCGACCUGGCCCGUCCCCAGUACCAGCCUCGUUUGGGGGAAGAGGUGCUUCUCUGCCAGCUUUUCCUCCUCCACCAAGCAACAACGAUUUGAGUAGAGACAGAAAUACCAAGCCUUUGAAACCCCCAGCUCCUUCUAUAGACAGAAGCACAAAACCCUCACUGGAUCGUCUUGCUCCACCAUUUGAAAGAGAAAGCCCAGUACCAGGGAGGAAGCCAAGCUUUCCUGAAAAGCCUCUGACUGCACAGCUAAGGUCUCUGGGGGAACAGCUGGCAAUGAUGCCAAAACCUCCUGUCCCACCAAGUGACAGAUAUGAAAGAGGCAAUCCACCUCCUCUAAGGAAGCCAACUCCUCUAAAGCAGGGUUGGCCACCACACAAGAAAAAUGAAGAAGAAGAAGACACUGUACCCCAAAGAUCAGUGCCACAACUAUCUUUGCCUCCAUACAGCUCCAAUACAUUCCCAUCCAAAUCUGUCAAGCCUCCACCUAAGCCAGGAUGCAACAGUUUGCCUGCUGCAGAAAGUGCCAGAAACCUGUGUCCAAGUGGCUCACUACCACCACGCCUCCACUUCGGCAACAACAGCAGAUCUCCUUCUAGGGGCACACCUGACCUAAGACCUCCACUGCCAAUCCCUAGCAGACAGACUGCUCACCAAACAAACACAGAGGAGGAUGAGGACUCACUAAAUGAUGAAUGGUACGUGGCUUAUGUUAGUCGGCCAGAAGCAGAAGCAGCUCUUCGAAAAAUAAACAAGGAUGGAACGUUCUUAGUAAGAGACAGCUCAAGAAAAACUGCUACUCACCCAUAUGUACUGAUGGUGCUGUACAGAGAUAAAGUGUACAACAUCCAGAUUCGUUACCAGGAGCAAAAUCACUUGUAUUUGUUAGGAACUGGGUUAAAAGGAAAAGAGGAUUUUUCUUCUGUAGCAGAUAUCAUUGAUUACUUCCAAAGAACACCUCUUCUUCUGAUUGAUGGAAAAGACAGAGGUUCAAGAAACCAGUGCAUGUUAAAAUAUGCUGCAGGACAUAUUUAAAUGUGACCUUAAUGAUGAUCACAUAUAGAAUUGAAGCCUAAUGAACUUUGUAAACUUCAGGAUAUUUCCUUUUUCAGAAAACUAAAAUAAUGAAGCCAUUAAAAAUCCUUCUAAUUUUAGGAAAAAAGGACAAUGUUAUUUUAAAACUGUGCUUUAAAUGCAGUACUCUAUAAAUCUGAUUUUCCUACAAUGUGUUUAUUACUGUCCACCAAUCACACAGUACACGAGAAUUUUUUAUCUUCCAACAUAUCUUGUGUAUCUUCUUGAGAUUAUUUCCAUACCAAGUUAGAGGACCAAGAAAUAAACAGCAACACAAGUAUCUGCUUUCAUAGGAGAAAGAAAAAAGUAAGCUACUUUUCAGACCAGAACUGCAGCAGCAAAGACAAGACAAUAACAGUGAAUUAUUUUUCCUGCUACCUACUUCCCAAUAAAUCUAACUAUGACCACUUCUAUGAAAAGUCUACGACUCCAACCUGGAUCCUGAAGACAUCCAGGUCUCCACAACACCAAGAACACCCCAACCCUGGACAUGGAGCUGCCUGUGUCUGUGCUGGUCAGCAAUGAAACUGUCUUAGCUCACAGUUUUCUAGAAAAAUAAAACGCCUUCAGAUAUCAUGUUCUCUCUGCCAUACCACUGAUGAUCCACUGAUGGCCUGUCUUAGCCCACAAAUUGGAAUAAUGUAUCUCCUAAGAUCCUCCAACCUCAGUCAGAAACAAGCUUUUCCCUCUUCACACAGAUCUUGCUUAAGCUGUGUCUUUCUGACUCUAAAUUAAGGAACUAUUUUUUAUAGGUGACACAUCAACAAGAUCUUAAUCAGGUGAUUAUUAAACAGCAGAACACACCAAAUAUCUUAGAAAGCAGAGAGACACUAACAGGCUAAACUUAGUUCCUCUUCUGGAACUACUUUCUGGUUUUGAUGCAUUUUGAUGCAAGAAAAAAAACACGACAUUCUCAGUUCUAAAAUAUAAGGUACAACUGAGGGCCACUGAAACAUACUAUAUCAAGAGUUUUUCCCUCUCUUUUGUUAA